UGAGUCAGCAGGCGGAGUCUUCGGCAUCCCCUCCCCCCUCCUACCCCUCCCCCUCUCAGACACCUGUCAUCUCCACCACGCCUACACCUGUCCAGGCCACGCCCCCUGUCUCUGCCCCGCAGCCCCCAGCAACCAUGAUGCCGUCUGCACAGCCUGUCGUCAAGAAGAAAGGUGUGAAGAGGAAAGCUGACACCACCACUCCCACCACGUCGGCCAUCUCUGCCGGUCGUGCCGACUCUCCAUCUGCUCAGGACACCAAACCGGCCAAACUGGGCUCGUCCCGCCGCGAGGCUGCCGCCCGCCCUGCUAAGACUCGGCGUGAGACGGGUGAGGAGGUUGCAGGGGGUGAGGUGGGAGGUGGAGGAGGAGCCGGGGGGAGGAAGAGCGGUAAGCUGGGCGAGCAGAUGAAACACUGCGACGCCAUCCUGAAGGAAAUGCUAUCUAAGAAGCACGCCGCCUACGCCUGGCCUUUCUACAAGCCGGUGGAUGCCGAGGCACUGGAGCUGCACGACUACCAUGACAUCAUCAAACACCCCAUGGACCUCAGCACCGUCCGGGUAACGCACACAUGACAUCACCACUAGGGCCGUAGUCGACCGGUCAGUGGAUGCGCUCUUGUCUGAGCAAAUUCUCAUUGGUCGGACAGUCGCCAGUGUUACUUUCAUAAGGAGAGAAGCGCUACAUCAGCAGUCUUCCAGGAUUAACGCAUUAUUGACUGCGCAGAGGGAAGAGACUAACUGUGAAAACAUGUAGUCUAACCCAAGCUAAUGGAGGCUGCUAGGUCUAACUUAUUUAACGUUUACUGAACAUUUACUCGGAGUCGGCUCCAAACUAAUUGACACCAUGUCAAAGAAGUUGUCGGUGUGGCUUUAUUUUGCUAAAACAGACGACCAAAAAGUCGAGCGUAAACUUAACAAACGGCAGUUUUCAUAUCACAGCUCAACAACCAACAUGGCAGAUCAGCUAAAAACGGGAGGCUACCGUGUCUGCGUCAGGAUGCUCUGUCGACUUUCCUGUUUAACGCCUGAGCGUUUGGGUGAAUAUUCCACAAUAGUUCUUGUGCUGGAAUCACCAGGUGAUAUAGUUCUGUUUCCAGAAAUCAUUUGAAUAUGAGCAGGUGCACUCUGGUCGGCUCUGAGAUUGUUGAUACCAUGUCAUUUCAUUUAUGGUCCCUCAGAGCUAGUUCUUA